AUGUUUCAACAACAACUUAAAGGAUUGACUAUAAAUAACAAUGAUGUUGUGCUGUUUAUGAAAGGUACACCUAAUGAACCACAGCAAUCACGUAUUGAUAGUUUCUUACCACAAAUUUUUAAUAUUAACCCAACAUUUGAUUAUCACAAUGUCAAUAAUAAUAUCAAAGAAAAAGGUUUAAAAGAUCAAUUAAAAUCACAAAAUCAACCUCUUUUUCAAUAUCUUGAUAAUCAUGAAAAGAAAAUUGAAAUUGAAGAAAGAACAAAACUUUGGUUUAUUGAAUUGAAAAAGAUUAAUUCUCAAAUCAACACACAAUUUAAUGUCACCACCACACAUAAUAAUAAUGAUCAGUUUACUACAAAUUUUAAAACUUGUAUGAAAAAGUUUUGGGAUAGAAUUGUGUUGGAAACUGAUUACAUUAACAAAUUUGAAUCUAAAAAAGAAAAAAUGCAUUGA